UAGCUCCUCCGGCGGGCGGCACCAUGGCCAAGUGGCUGAAUAAGUACUUCAGCUUGGGGAACAACAAGACCAAGAGCCCUCCGCAGCCGCCCCGGCCGGACUACCGCGAGCGGCGCGGCGGGAGUCGGGGAGCGGCCAGCGGGCCGGGGGGCGAGCGGGUCCAGCCGCAGGCGGCCCCUUGCCCCUCGGCGGCGACGGCGUCCUGCUUCUCGUCGUCGUCCUUCCGAGAGGAGGGCGGCAGCACCAGCGAUCUCAUCCGCGCCUACCGCGCCCAGAAGGAGCGCGACUUCGAAGACCCCUACAACGGGCCGGGCUCGUCCCUGCGCAAGCUGCGGGCCAUGUGCCGCCUCGACUACUGCGGGGGCCAGGAGGGCGGCGGCGGGGAGCGGAGCUUCUCCUCCGCCUCGUCCUCGGCCGGCUGCUGCUGCACCUCGGGGGGCGCCGCCGCCGCCUCCUCGUCUUCGUCCUCCUCCUCCCCGCACCUCUUCCGCAGCAACAGCGAGCGGCGGCCCGCCACGCCGCCCGAGGUCAAGUACAUUUCGCCCAAGCACCGGCUCAUCAAGAUCGAGAGCGGCGGAGGGGGCGGCGGGGUUGGGGGAGAGGGGGCGGGCGGCGGCGGCCGGACCUGGAGCCCCUCGGCCUGCGGCGGCAAGAAACUGCUCAACAAGUGCCCCGAGGAGAGCGCCAAGAAGGACAAGGUUAUCAUAGCAGAUGACUAUUCAGAUCCAUUCGAUGCCAAAAGUGAGCUGAAGAACAAAACCGGAAAAGGAGAGAGCACUGGCUACAUGGAACCAUAUGAAGCCCAGAGAAUAAUGACCGAAUUUCAGAGGCAAGAAAGCGUGAAGUCCCAACAUAAAAGCAUCCAAUUAUACGACACACCUUACGAACCAGAAGGUAAUGGUGUGGAGUCAGACUCAGAAAGCGUGGUCAGUCAGCGUUUACGAGAAAGCAAGUUGCCUCAGGAUGAUGACAGGCCCGCGGAUGAAUACGAUCAACCUUGGGAGUGGAAUAAAGUUACAAUUCCAGCAUUGGCAGAGGCAGCCAAGGGGCGGAAUGCAGCUCAGUGUGUGAGUCAUCGGUCCCCCUGCAAAGGAAAGGAAGCACUGCAGCUGUGGGCAGCCCAGUUUAAUGGUAAUGAGAAAAGGCAGUCUUCCCCCUCACCUUCCAGAGACAGGCGUCGACAGCUCCGAGCCCCAGGUGGGGGUUUCAAGCCCAUCAAACAUGGGAGUCCAGAAUUCUGUGGAAUCUUGGGAGAAAGAGUUGACCCUACUGUUCCUCUGGAAAAACAAAUAUGGUAUCAUGGAGCAAUCAGUCGGACCGACGCAGAGAACCUAUUACGGUUGUGUAAAGAAUGUAGCUACCUUGUAAGAAAUAGUCAAACAAGCAAGCAUGACUAUUCUCUUUCACUGAAGAGCAGUCAGGGCUUUAUGCACAUGAAAUUGACAAAAACCAAAGAGAAAUACAUUCUGGGUCAGAACAGCCCGCCGUUUGACAGCGUCCCCGAAGUGAUCCACUAUUACACCACCAAAAAACUACCAAUUAAAGGAGCAGAACACUUAUCCCUCCUUUACCCCGUGGCUGUCCGAACCCUAUGAGAGGUCCGACCUCGCUCCUUCCUGUGGACGGGAGGGGAUGGAUGAGCAACCGAGCAAGAGUCCGUCUUGCCCCGCGAGAUCCGUCCUCUGCGACGAUGGCCAGGGCUCUGGACGGAUCUUGGAAAUGGAGACUUACUGCCUUUAACCUUUAGAUUUGCUAGCUGUAUAAAAACUAUUAUAGUAUGUAUGGUACUAUUGCACAACUGCAUGUGGUUAGAACUAUGUUUCUAUUUAAGGGAGGGGGGGCAUCAUAUUUAAAUGUGAUAACAAGGUAAUCCACCCCCACCCCUUUGCCUUUCCUUCUGUGAAUUAAAAUAUUUUCAAAUCCAAAGAUCUGCCUUCAACGGUAAACGAAGCGAAGCAGCUCGGAGCCCCAAGUGAGCUCUGAGGAUUUUUGUUUCUUUGUUCUCCUACUCGUUCACACCUGCAUACAGUAAAAAAAAUCAUUUUCCACUGGUGCUGUACUCUACACCCUUACCGACCACAAGGACAAACGCCAAUUCUUUGGGGACCUAGAGAUAGUUGGCAUAUUGGCGUGGUUUGGCUCACAAGUUCUUGUAACUGCCCCUUUCCCUGUGUGCGGGCGCAGUGGGGGGCGGAGGGGGGAGUGUGUGUGUGUAUGUGGGUGGGGGUGUGUUUGCACACAGUUGUCUAGUCUGAUCCAACAGAGAAGUCCUUUAUCUGAGGUAAUUAGGAGAUCGUUAACAGUCAUAUUGCCUCCUGCAAAAAAAGUUCAAUUAUUUAUGAACAGGGAAUGUAAAUAAAAUAGUGGUUUAAUAUAUAUAUAUAUAUUUGGGCGGGGGGUACAACAAUAAAUCUCAGAGGGUGACUGUACUCACUCACAGACCAAGUAGGACACAUUGGAUUCUGUUUUCUGUUGUACUGGUGCAAUGUGACCCAUGUGUAGGUUGUGGAACUAAAGUCGUUAGAAGGGGAGGGUCCGUGUUCCUAUAACUUGGGUUUCAGACCUCCGAAAGGCUCUCACUGCUUCCGUUGGUGAUUUUUAUCUAGGUAACUGUAGGGUAUGGUUUGAUUCCCACUGAGGUAGCCAGCUAACAGUACCCAAUAUCCUUUUUGCCUGGGGGUUGGAAAAACCUUUCUUAAAUGGCCUUUGCAGUUUUCCAAGUGAGGUUGAAUAGUAGUAUAGUAUGCAGAAAAUUGUGAAUCUGGCUUCUCCGAGGGCAUCUAAAGGUCAAAGAAGGGUGAGGUUGCAGAAUGGAGUCGGGUCCCCACUUGAAAGGAAAUUAGACCCGUACAACAACCAAACGGACCAUCCCGGCAUUCCUUUCCCUUACCACUCAGUUACUGAAAAGAAGCAAAUUGUGAAGUUGUGCUGCCUCAGAAACCCAAACGUAAGCCUCCUCCUAGUUUCCAAAUGAGGUCUGGCACCAUUCAAAACUGUGAUUCAAACAUGGGUGUCCGACCUGGUCAAAGAACCCGUCAGUACUGACUAGUUUCUGCUGGCAAUACUGGGUUUCUUCAUCCGGGGAUUGAAGUUGAGAUUUUGUUACCUCUGCGUACAGGACAGACCCUGAGAAGGCUGUGAAAAUGUCCAAUGCUAAUUGUCACCUUCCUGUCAAUUCCCUCCCCACUCACCAAAUAUGCUUAGGGUAUGUGCUGGUUGAAAAAAAAAAUGUAUUGGAAUAACCAUUCCUUGCAGCCCUGGAAAAUCCUGCUCCGUUGUACAGCGUGAGAAGAACAUAGGACCAGGCACCGGUGGGUUCCCAAGCUAAUACUAAGUAUUCUGUCUUUCACCCUUGUAUCUAUCAAUUCGAAGUUAUUCGAGUUGACUCCGGCACUGACUGGUCGAAAGGUUUAGAGCUGAGUUUUUGGAUACGCGGUCGGCUAAAAAUCUUCGUCAAGAAUCAGACUUGGUCUUAGUCAGUGGCCACAGAUUUCACUGGAUCUCAUCUAUCGCCGAAGCUGCGGAAGCGUUUUGCUUUCCUCUUCUUGGAAGGAUUGUUGCGCGAUGGCUUUCCGUCCGAAUGAGGGGCUUCCUUUAUAGGAACGAACCCAGCGGUCUCUUCCAUGGCUUGGUUUUUAUACUUUCUUCCUCAAGAUAGAUGAGGAUUCCCAGAGAUACCGCUUCUGACUUGAGCGCUUGAUCGUUUCUAAUUCAGCUUGUGUGCUUUGGCAAGAGUUGCGAUUAAGUUUCCAAGGAAAAUAAACCUCAACAUUUUGCCCAUUUUGCAUUUUCAGAUACAUUCCGUGAGGCAAGAUUACUUUAAGUACUUUAUUUUCGCCUGUAUUUUUUUUUUAUGACGUGCAAGCAAGUUAAGGGUCUGCACUUCCAGACGGUGAAAUGCCAAGGCAAGGGAAGCCUUCAAUAAGGAAGCUGUUACCAUUCCGUAACGAAUCACUUUUUGUCCUCAGGGGAAGGACUAUAUGCUACAUGUUAACAGUCCUGUAAGUAAGCAAGUCUGGUCAGACUUGUACAGCUGUGCAUAACACUUUGUGAAGACCCGAUGACAUUUCUACAGACUGAAUUUGUUUCCGAAGCAGGAGAUGCACAUCUCCCUGGACGGUGUCGUCAGUGUGGGAUUUUUUGCGUGAAAACCUUUCCCCCAAAAUGUUCAGUACAUGUGACUUAAAUAAAAACAGGAGUUUGUUUGCACUGUAACUCUGUCUUUGCUUAUUUAAGUGAUUGUAAAAUCUCUCCCCUUCCUUCAUAAGCUAAUUUUACUCUUCUUCCCCCCACCCCCCCACCCCCCGCUUUCUCCUGCGCCUCAGCUCUGAAAAUGCCCCUUUUUGCUACAGGGGCUAUGUAAUAGGUAACAGUAUGUGGCAUUGCUUACCAUUGAUAGAAGCAAAUAAUAAUCAUGCCUGCACAGCCCAUUUAAAGUUUUUUGGUUGUUCAUUUUUGGGGUUUUUUUUAUGAGCCUCUCCCUCUUCUUCCUCUAAUUGUGGAUGUUUCCUCUUUGUCAGCGUGUAUUCAUAUUUUCUUGAACAGCUAACAAUUGAACCUAUUAUUCUCUUUCGGAACUACUCACAUUUGAGUUAUGUGGGUUUUUUAGGACUGGCUUGUCAGCAACAGGCAAUGAGAAUAAAUAAUUAAGCUGCAUUUCAUUUAAGGGAAAAGAAAGUAGUCCCCACCAUUGCAUUUCCAGCAUCUUCGGCGGCCUCCCUGGAUUGGUUUCCUCAAGCUGUUUAACUUGCUGUAGAAUUGUAUAAAGGGCCAGUGAGGGGGAAGGCAUGGGGGUUGCCCCCUGACAUUACCUUUCUGCCAGUAUCUUAGUGUUCAGUUGUGAAGGAACAAAUGCUCUGCUGUGUAGAGCAUCUCCUAAAUGGAUAAAGGAGGGUAGAGGUUUUCCUAAAUGGAUAAAGUGUAACUGGCCCUCGUGUACCAUCAGAUCGACCAAGAUGUCAUUUUGAAAGAAAGAUGUUGUGGGGUUUCGUUUUUGGAUUUUUUUUUUGGAGGGGGUGGAGGAUGAUAGGCUUGGAGGGGGAGUAGGGGGAGAAAUCUUUAACCCACCGAGUCUAAACUAAGAAUAUCUGUGGUGGAGUCAUUAGAGAAAGAUCACAAAGGCUAGAAGUCUUUAUCGUCCCAGACCGCAAUGAGGUCAUACCGCAAGCUCAGAGUACAGUCGAAUCCUCACCUGGUUUCAAGGUUACUCGAAGAAUGGCGUCUUCUCCUUCUGAAAGACCUCUCUAAUGCCAUCCUCCCGUGUUGUGUUGGUUUUGCACUUUACAAAAAUGAAAAUAGAUUUUCAAAUAGACAUGGAACAAGAGUGUAAAUUUGAUCCUUCAGAAAGAACCCAAAGGCAGAGCCAACGGACGAUGUCGUUUGUUAAGAACCAAUGUUCAAUAUUUGCCACAAAAUGAAAUGCCAUUCUCCGCUUUAAAUGCUUUGGAUGCCUAACUGAACUGUAACCCGAAGGGUACUCGUUGCUAUGUGGGAAAUGAUCCCAGUGGACUUACUCCAGUUCCUGUUGCUCUCCGUAUCCGUUAAGGACUGGUCCCCUUUUUGGCGGAAGGUCCGAGGAAAUAGAAGCAGAGAAAAACUAGACUGAACCGAACUGAACUGCCAACCUCACCCCCAGAGUGGCCCAACUGUAUAGAAGACUCAGCGAAUGCAGAGUCGGGACAUGGGGAGGAAGUUUGUGUAACAGGGCUCGGUGUAUGCGUUUCCUGCGGCUCCGUGGAUGAUUUUUGGCCUCUGGGGUUCUCGGGCUACACCCUUCUGCCUUUGAUGAAUUAACUUACUAAACAACAACUGCAGAGGCAAAAUGGAGAGGUUCUUUCUGAAUAGAACCAGUGAAAGACAUGGCACUAGUUUAUAAUCAUUGCACCUUCUUCAUGACCUAAACACUGAUGAAAUCUCUCGGGUGAGAUCGGGAGAGAUUUUUUUCACCUCCAACACCUCGAGAGCUGUUCUUCCCGUAAUUUCUUCUGUGCCGAGUAACGUGCCAGUCAUAAUCAACUGUUUGUGUGUCACUUAUCAGUAACUGCUGUUGUUUGUGUAUUGGGUAUCUACUGUCUUAAUGGUUUAAUGGAGACUUUGAAUGCAGAAUUGUCAUGUUCAAAUUUUGUGUGAUAUGAUGUAUAAAGAUGUAUAUUUAAUGUGAAACUUUUAAUAUAAAAGUGUCUUGUUUAAUGCAUUCAA